AUGGAGAUGAUAUUCAUUGAUGAACAGGGUGAUACAGUGCAAGCUUCCAUUAAGUAUACACUGUUAUACAGAUUUGAGUCUAAGAUCAAAGUGAACAGAUGUUAUGUAAUGUCAAACCUAACUGCUUUUUUUAGUGUCAAGACCUACAAGCAUGCCUUGAAUGACUAUAGAGUCACUUUUGAAUAUACAUCUACUGUGAGAGAAGUUGACGUUCCGUCCAUUCCAAUAUAUUCAUUUAAGUUCACACCUUACGCAGAUAUACAACAAGCGUCAAACAACAAUGAGUAUACGAUAGAUGUUAUUGGUUCGCUUUUGUCGAUAGGUUCAUUGAAUCACCUAUCGGGUGGAACAAAACAAAACAUUCCAUUUGAACUUGAAGAUAUUGA